CCUGUUACCUGCGCAGGUUCCGCUCACCUGCGCCAGAAACACCACGAGCGCUUAAAAACAACAUGACUUGACUUUCCAGCCUCGCGGAUAGGACGAACGACUCGCGCCAUGACCGUCCCAUGGAGUUUGCUGUGGAUUCUGGGUUUGAUCUGCUCUUCGGACUCCAGCUGCUCUCCGACAUCUUACUAUAAGAGCUGCUGGAUCCGCAGAUAUCCAGGACUGUAUGUGGACAUAGAGGAGUCUCAGCGCAGAGGAGCCCACAUCCUGAAGCUUUAUCAGGAGGAGUCUGCGGUCAAAUGCAGCAGAGCCUGCUGCCUUACGCGAAACUUCUCCUGCAACCUGGCUGUGUUUCAUUUCAACACCACUCAGGACAGCGUGAACUGCUUUCAUCUUCAAUGUCCGAACCUUGAGAGCUGCAUUCCUCACCACAGAGGAAAUGUCAUCCUCUAUAAUGUCACCAAAGGUGUGGAUCCUGACCUGUUGGUGUUCGGGAAGUACUUUACCACCAACGUGCGUGUGCUGCCUCACAUGUCCUCCUCACAGCUCAAUGUUUCAGAGCCGCUGAACUCUGACAAGCGUCAGUUCAACUAUCCACCCAACCUGCCCAUCCGUUCAAUCAGUCCUGCCUCCACUAGCACGAAAAAACCCACAACCCCCCAACAAACCACUCGCGCUGUUCCUACUGCGCAUCAAGUACAACAUAACCUCCCUCGAUGUACUACAAUACAGGCUACAACUGCUCAAAGCACAUCAGAACACGUUAUAUCAACUACGUCAGAGCCUAAAAUGGACUCCACACUCAAUCCCCAACGGACGACUUCUACGUCACAAUGGGCAUCGACAAACCUGCGUCAUACGACCGCCUCGCCGACGGGUGAACCUGAUACAACAACUGAUACUUUAAACCAAAGAAUCCCAAACCCCCCACCUGUUUAUAUAACCACAGCCCACCCAAGCUCUACAACUGACUACUUUGACUCUACUUUGACCUCCAUCCCAAUCAACGAAGCUCUAAGUUCCUCAACUACCCAACAGACUCUGGGACUAAAAACUACAGCUAUACAGACUACAAACUCUUUGGCGAUGGCUUCUCAAAAGUCUAUGCAAUCUUCAAGUUCCUCAACUAUCCAACAGCAUUUGGGAUUACAAACUUCAACUCUACAGACUACAAAUUCGUUGGCUUCUCAAAAGUCUAUGCAGUCUUUUACCAAGGUCUUGACAAGUACCCAACAACCCUUAACCCAAACUACAGAACAAGCUACUUCACUUUAUAAGUCCAAGUUGGUAGAGUAUCCGAAAACUACAAUGCAAACAACUGUUUUUGAGACUUAUGCACCUUUACAAUCUGAAGCAUCAACUACCACAAAACCCUUAAUUUCUGCAAACGUUCCCUUACAAACAUCGACCCAAAUUACAGCUGCAUAUGAGACAAUACAAGCUAAAACUGCUCCAAUCACAUCAGAGACUAAAAUGGGCUCUACACCCAAUCCCCAACAGACAACUACUACGUCAAAGUGGACAACCAUAGACCCUUUAACUUCUACAGAUGUUCCCUUACAAACUACCCAUGCAUAUGAGACUUGGCCUUUACGAACCCCAACCCAAACUACUACUCUAUCCCAACCAAAAGAGACAACUAGCAGUGACACAAGAACCUUACAGAUCUCAGCAACCACGAAUCCUACAAUCUCUACUGAUGGUUCAACAACCCCCAGACACCCGACCCUAAGUUUCACACGCACUCGAAUGGGCAACUCCGCAACCACCGGUAGUUUGAGUUCUUCUCUAUCUGCCACAACUAGCAGCAUGGUGGACAGUCAACCGUACCCCAACGACACGAAGGGUUACAUCAGCCGGAACAUCACUACGGGUGACGCACCUCAACCUGACGGGGAUGGAAGCCUGAUAUCAGUGUGGCAUUUGGCGGCCAACACCGUAUUGGUGGCUUUAGCGACCUGCGCUGCCAUCACGUUCUGCUGCUGUUGUUCGGUGUUCAUGGCGCUGAGCUGGAGAGGCCGGAGGGGUCGGAAGGGCAGGUACAGGACAAAUCUGAGGUGCAAGAGAGGAUCAAUGCGACUCAUCAAAUACGUCAUCGUAAGAGAAAGUUCGUAAAGCGGGGUUCUUCACAUCUGGCACUGGGUAGGGUUGCACCAGCCGUUCGUAAGUUUACAUUGGAACAUAAAGUCCACACUAGAGGCUUAGCUACUAGCUAGUUUGUAACUCUACUUUAUUCGUUUGCACAAUUUGACAGAAUGUAGCUAGUAGGUCGUAACCUCUCCGUAAAGUAAUGCACAGUCGACAUGUAUGACAUUUACCUUCAGUGAUCCAGUAGCAUAACCUUCACAUUAGUGAGCAGAAGUUGUUGAAAUGCCAGUUUAUCCUAACUACUUUUGUCACAUGUAACUAACAGUAAUCAUGAACAACAAAGGUAUUUUUAAAUAUAAUUUAAUGUAAUGUUCUUUCUCUUAAAAUGUCAAUAUUAUUAUAUGUGACCCUGGAGCACAAAACCAGUCUUAAGUCGCUGGGGUAUAUUUGUAGCAACAGCCAAAAAUACGUUGUAUGGGUCAAAAUUAUACAUUUCUAUUUUAUGCCAAAACUCAUUAGGACAUUAAGUAAAGAUCAUGUUCCAUGAAUAUAUUUAGUGAAUUUUCUACCAUAAAUAUAUCAAAACUUAAUUUUUGAUCAGUAAUAUGCAUAGCUAAGAACUUCAUUUAGACAAUUUUAAAGUUGAUUUUCUCAGUAUUUUGAUUUGUUUGCACCCUCAGAUUCCAGAUUUUCAAAUAGUUAUAUCUCAGCCAAAUAUUGUCAGAUCCUAACAAAAAACCAUACAUCAAUGGAAAGCUUAUUUAUUCAGCUUAUUCAGAUGAUGUAGAAAUCUCAAUAUCGAAAAAUUGACACUUAAGACUGGUUUUGUGGUCCAGGGUCACAUAUGUCUAAGGGAUUGAAGUCUAUCAGGUUAUAUAUGAGCUUAUUGAUGCAAUUCAGCCAUUUUAUUCCAGCCGUUACUCCUAGUCAGAGGCUUCCGUAAAUAUUUAGAGUAAAUUUACACAACGUUAGCCCUAUUCGGACAGUAAUUGUUUCUCAUGGGGACUUCACCAUAUACAGGGGGUAGUCUGUGAUUUAAUUGCCGUCCGAAUCCACAUCUCUGAGUUUACGAGAAGAAAUCGAUUCAAAAUUCAGUGUUUAAACCCUUUUUGAGCGCUCCCGAACACCUUAAGGUAACUGUUGUAGGCUACUUCGGUGUAAUUUGCAUACAUAUUUAUUUCAAAGUAAAGUAAUUCUUCAUAAUUGCUCACAGCGACUGGGAGCAGAAGAGAAGAAAAACAUGUAACAUUCGAAAUGGGUCUUUAUUAUGGCAGCAGCAGGUAUGCAAUACAAUUUUAAAAUGUCUAUUAUAAACAGAUAUAUACAUAACAAUAUUGCGUAUAUACAACUAUAGCGUGUCUAUUUUCCUAUUUGUAAACAGGAGGUUUAAAUAAUAAAAUAAUAAAUAGGAUUAUAUAUUAUAAAAUAUGCUUGGAAUAAUAAGAAUAAAUUUUACAGAAGUAUUUUUAAAUACAUUUACAUGAGUUUUAUAGAGUACAGUGGCACUCCAGGCCCAGAUUUGGAGAACCCAGGCAUAAUCAGUUGAUCAGAUGAUCAUGUUUUGUAGAUGCUGCUAACAUUUAUUAUGGUUUAAUUCAAACUGAAGGUGGAUAUGCUAAAGACUCGUUUUCAAAACCACCUGAUGUGGUUGUUCACUUUUUAUGACUUGAUGUAUAUAGUCAAGCCUAAACAUACUACCCUAAGCUUCCCAUUCAGUGCCAUCCAUGGACUAUAAAAAACAAACUUUAGCAUUUCGUGAGAAUUUGAGGAUUCAUCAGAGGACUUCAAAACGUCACCAUGAGCAUUUCUGUAAAAUAUAAAAGUUAAACAAUUCUGAAGAUUGAUUUUAGCAUUUCAAAACCUAGAAAACUGCCUUAAUUUAUUCUGCCAACUGCUUUUUGAGACAGCAUGGAAGAUGGAACCUCAUAAGUGAUUGAUUUGGAACGCUCUACAUGGGCAGAAUCUCACAACUGAUUCUAAUAGAGUUUGGUGUUGUAUGCUGAGCUAAUGCUCUAAAACUAUGUGGGGUAAACAUUUAAGUUGGAUUUAACUAUAUUUCAAACAAUAUUUUUGCUAAUAAAUAAAGUUAUAUUUUGUUUGUUUUCACUGAGCUUGUUGCAAUGCAUUCUGGAAAUUUGCAUUUGCAAAAAAUACAUGCUGCUUUAGAAACAUGCCUGGCAAAACAAGGCAUCAUAGAAGUGAUGCAUUUAAAUGCUGCCUACGGAGGCAGUGAAUUUUCAACCAAGAUCUUGUUUUAUAAAGUGAAUGCAUGAUGAAAGCAUGGAAGUAUUAUUUCUCGGACAGUUUUGUGCAUGUAAAGCCUUUAGAAUUUCAUUAAACAGAUUUAUAUUUAUAUGCAGUUUAUGUUUUAAUUACACCUUUAAAGUCUUUUUUCGGAUACAGUCGAGUGAAAACUGACUCUGCAAACACUCGUCCAGUUGAGAACACCUGACAGUUUUGUUCCAAAAAGGCAGUUGGUUGCUAAGUGCUUUAAGAUGCGCAAGACCGCCGCCACUUUCCAUGUCCAAAUGGAAGCGGCCGGAAGCUCUCGCGGAGGAGUUUGGUUUCUGCUUUCCCAGAAGAGACAGCUCAGAGCAGGAACUAAUGGAGUGCUGGGGUAUUUUUACUAGAUGUUGGCUCAAAGCGUCCUUUCAGUGGGGUGCUGUAAUGGCACCUGAUGCACCAUCGAGGGAAUGUUUUGUGUGGGUCUGAGUGUGGGGAGUUGGUGUUUAAUGUUCUAGGGGGAAUUGUUUGGAGAUAUGAAACGAACUGACCCAGAUUAUGUACAGUAAACUACACAUUUACUGUGUCUGAUAUUUAAAUG